AUGAGUACGUCACAAGAACGGUUUGAAGAACAGUUUCAUCAACUGCUGAUUGGAUCUGAUAAAGAAAACGAAGGAUCUCAGGAUGAGACCGCAGACGGGUCGCAACUACAAGACAAGGAUCCUGACUUUGAAAGUGAAUCUGGUGAUGAACAUGAAAUGUCCUGGUCAACAACUACAUCAACUCAAGACCGAUGGAUUUUCACAGGAGAAUAUGGACCAGCCGCCCACAUUUUUAGUUGCAGCCAUCCUGUCGUCUUCUACAAUCUGUUCCUUGAUGCUGGGAUGAUGGAGCUCGAAAUCUCCGAAACGAACAGAUAUGGCCAGCGAAGAGCGGAGAAAUUUGGAUCGGACUUGAAAGGACGAAAUGAAGAAAUUCUCAAUCUGCCCUCAGAUGAGAAUCGUCAGACUACUACGACUGCAUGA